AUUGUUCCUGCCAUGUCCGAGACCGCUCCUGUUGCCGCGCCCGAUGUGGCUCCGGGUUUAACGGCCGCCGGUCCGAAGGCCGCCGCUAAGAAGCCGAAAAAAGCGGCGGGCGCUUCCAAAGCCCGCAAGCCCGCCGGCCCCAGCGUCACCGAGCUGAUCACCAAGGCUGUGUCUGCUUCCAAGGACCGCAAGGGGCUCUCCCUCGCCGCUGUCAAGAAGGCGCUGGCCGCCGGAGGCUACGAUGUGGAGAAAAGCAACAGCCGCAUCAAGCUGGGGCUCAAGAGCCUCGUCAGCAAGGGCACCCUGGUGCAGACCAAGGGCACCGGCGCCUCCGGUUCUUUUCGUCUCAGUAAGAAGCCUGGGGAAGUGAAGGAGAAAGCCCCCAAGAAGCGUGCAGCCGCGGCCAAGCCGAAGAAGCCGGCGGCCAAGAAGACCGCUGUUGCUGCCAAAAAGCCCAAAAAGGCGGUGACUGCGAAGAAAAGCCCCAAGAAAGUUAGAAAGCCGGCGGCUAGCGCAGUUAAGAAGUCAGCUAAGAGUCCCAAAAAGACUGUCAAGGCAGCCAAGCCGAAAAAGGCAGCGGUAGCUGCGAAGAGUCCGGCUAAGGCGAAGGCGGUGAAGCCCAAAACAGCAAAGCCCAAGGCAGCGAAGCCGAAAGCAGCCAAGGCGAAGAAGGCGGCACCAAAGAAAAAAUAAAGUUACCCCGGAAAAAAAAUGUCUGCUUGGCAGAUAAGCCCAACGGCUCUUUUAAGAGCCACCCAAGAUUUCACAAUUAGGGCUGAAACACUGUUAACGUGUAUUUCUAGUGCAGGUGUGUAUGCCGAAUUUUAACUUGUUCUGAGCAUGCUUAAAGCAGGACUGGUAAUAUCACAAACCUGCGCUGUUUCUCCCGAGUGCUGGGCAGCAGCAGAGAGAUGAUCACCGUGCCGCGGCAUCUUCCAGCACGUCUCCGUGAGCGUGGGUACAAAUAGGUUCUCGCUAGCCGCAACAGAUCUGCGGGAGUUCAGAGUUCCCGUGAAAGGCGGGCAGUGUUCAAAGGACCCCGGCUCAUAGAGAAGAGGUCGGAAAGGUGCCGUAGCUCCCCGCCCGGGGACAAAGAGCCGCAUUCGGUAGGACUCCCGUCCGUCCGUCCGCCCGCCCUCAGCAGCUCUGAGGAUUUCAAAAAGCCCGCCCUGUGUAGGGAUUGGGCGCGGCUUUCGGGCAGCUCUGGUGCACAGUACUUCUCGGUUUAAAUUUUUUCUUUUUUUUAUCUCGGUGGAAGAGGUUGAUGAACUUCCUGGGUACCUCUCCCUCCACGGGCUUUAUCACUCCCAGUCUAGUUCUGGCGCCUGCGACGCUAGAAGGCAGCUCGGGGUGCGGAAAGAACCUUCGGGGAGGGAGGGGAAGGAGCUUCCCCCCGUAACCCUGCAGCCGCCCAGGGACCCUAAAUUUCCGUCUCCUUUACUGCACUGAAGCGAUGCUCUUUCCUCCGCUUUCCUUCGCUGACUGAGUAGCAGCA